CUUUGUAAAGGAUUUGGUGUCAGAAAGUCUACCAACUUCCAGCCAAAGUUCUUUAGGAUGGUGGAGCAUGCACCAAAUCGAAGAAUAUUGAAGAGUAAAUAUUGUUAAUCCCAUACAAAGGAUCAUAGGAUCACAAAAUAUGAGGACCAUCAGAGAUUAAUGCUUGCUUAAUGUCCUCAUUGUAUUAGAUGAGGAAACUGAGGCUGAGAGAAUGGAGUAACCCAUCCAAAGUCACACACUUAUAUCUGGUUCAGUUCUGUCCACAUUUUCUUUUAGCUCUCUAACCCCAUAAUUUGAGGAUUCCCCUAAUUUCGUUGUUUCCCAUCUGGAUAGGAACAGGAAGAACAUUCUAGUUUUGCUGUGUGGCGGGUACUGAGAGCAACAAACGAGUCCCCUUUAAGCGCACCCUCUCUUUUUCUCAUCUGGCAGCCCACCGCGUUUUUCCAUUGGCCAUUAUUUGUGUCUCCUCGUUCCUUUCCAAGAUUCCCAACCAAUCCACUGCUCCCUCCGUCGCCAAGGCCAGGCUUUGAGGAAUGUACCAUGUGAACCGUGAGGGGGGGGAGUAGAGAAGGGGAAUUGCGAGGCAACAGCUUAUUUCUUUAUCUUUUGCCUGUAACCGUGAGAUUCUGGCACUGUUAGAGCCUGUAGGUAGCAACAGCGUCCCGGAGGUUGGGAGCUACGUGGCACUUCCCGAGGUGCACUUAGAUCUGUCACCCCCCAAGGCCGGGGUCCUGUGGUCGCGCUGGAGGGCUGCAGCCCUUGCCCUUCCAUGUGCCCUCCCAGCCGGCAGCCUCGCAGCUGCCUGGGCUGCCCGUUCCGUGCAGUGGCCCGCGCUGGAUGCUGUUGAGCUGCUGGGUUGUGGCCAGGGCCGGCCAGGGGUCGCCGGCGCCAGGUGAACACAGCAGCAUGAGGCGGAGGUGAGGACCGGGCUGCACCCCGAGCUCGGGGUUUCCGCGGACGACGGCUGGCGGCCUGGAGCAGUUUAAUCUGACAGUGUCGUGGACCAACAGCCAUCCCACUGCCCCCUUUGUCUGGGGUGCUGAGGGUGGGGAAGCAUGGAGGAGAGUAAGAAUGAGACAAUGAAUCAAGCACACACCCUCUUUGACCAAUUUGUGCAGGCUACCACCUGCAAGGGGACUCUUAAGGCCUUCCAAGAGCUCUGUGACCAUCUUGAACUGAAGCCUAAGGACUAUCGCUCCUUUUAUCACAAGCUCAAGUCCAAACUCAACUACUGGAAAGCCAAAGCCCUCUGGGCAAAGCUGGACAAACGGGGCAGCCACAAAGACUACAAAAAGGGGAAAGCAUGUACUAACACCAAGUGUCUCAUCAUUGGAGCUGGCCCCUGUGGUCUCCGCACAGCCAUCGACUUAUCCUUACUGGGAGCUAAGGUAGUUGUUAUUGAGAAACGAGAUGCCUUCUCCCGCAACAAUGUCUUGCAUCUCUGGCCAUUCACCAUACAUGAUCUGCGAGGUUUGGGUGCCAAGAAGUUCUAUGGCAAGUUCUGUGCUGGAGCCAUUGACCAUAUCAGUAUCCGUCAGCUUCAACUAAUACUUUUGAAAGUAGCAUUGAUCCUAGGCAUUGAAAUUCAUGUCAGUGUAGAAUUCCAAGGACUUGUACACCCUCCUGAGGACCAAGAAAAUGAACGGAUAGGUUGGCGGGCACUGGUGCACCCUAAAACCCAUCCUGUGUCAGAAUAUGAAUUUGAAGUGAUCAUUGGAGGGGAUGGCCGUAGGAACACCUUGGAAGGAUUUCGUCGGAAGGAAUUUCGAGGCAAACUGGCCAUUGCCAUUACAGCAAAUUUUAUCAACCGAAAUACAACAGCAGAAGCCAAAGUGGAAGAGAUCAGUGGAGUGGCUUUCAUAUUCAACCAAAAAUUUUUCCAGGAGCUCAGGGAAGCUACAGGUAUUGACUUGGAGAACAUCGUCUACUACAAAGAUGACACACACUAUUUUGUAAUGACGGCCAAAAAGCAGAGUUUACUGGACAAAGGGGUGAUACUGCAUGAUACUAAUGAAUCCGGUCACUUUAAUCUGCAGUAUACUGUAGCCUUAUCUGAGAGCAAUGGUAGGGGUGAGCAUAUGAACAUGUUCCUGCAGCACAGCCUCUUUCCACUUGUUACCUUGUAUCUGCUUCUUAACCUUGUGGUCCUUUAUGUCUAUGAGGAGAAACAGGACCAAGCAGUAGAUUUUGAUUCUUUGGAUGAACAAAAUGUGGAGAAGAAUAACCAACUGGCCUUUGAUAUUGCUGAAAAGGAACUGGGCAUUUCUCCCAUCAUGACAGGCAAAGAGAUGGCCUCGGUGGGGGAGCCUGACAAGCUGUCCAUGGUGAUGUACCUGACCCAGUUCUACGAGAUGUUCAAGGACUCACUCCCCUCCAGUGAUGCCUUGGACCUGAAUGCUGAGGAGAAAGCAGUCCUGAUAGCCAGCACCAAAUCUCCCAUCUCCUUCCUAAGCAAACUUGGGCAGACCAUCUCUCGGAAGCGUUCUCCCAAGGAUAAGAAGGAAAAGGACUUGGAUGGUGCUGGAAAGAGGAGAAAGACCAGUCAAUCAGAAGAGGAGGAAGUGCCCCGGGUAUGCAGAGGAAGAUCCACAUUAGUGAGCACUCUGCCUGACAGGAGGACUGAUGUCACACUCAGCAACCAGAACAAAGUGAAGUACAUGGCAACCCAGCUGCUCGCCAAGUUUGAAGAGAAUGCACCUCCACAAUCCACUGGCAUAAGGAGACAGGGCUCAGUAAAGAAGGAGUUUCCACAGAACUUGGGAGGCAGCGACACGUGCUAUUUUUGCCAGAAGCGGGUCUACGUGAUGGAGAGACUGAGUGCCGAGGGCAAGUUCUUCCAUCGGAGCUGCUUCAAAUGUGACUACUGUGCCACCACACUGCGCCUCUCAGCCUAUGCCUAUGACAUCGAAGAUGGUAAAUUCUACUGCAAACCACACUACUGUUACCGACUCUCCAGCUCUGCACAGAGGAAGAGACCAGCAGUGACUCUUCUGUCUGGAAAGGAGGCCAGAGGACCCCUGCAGGAUGGCCCCAUUGCAGACGCAAAUGCACCUGCCAGUACCAUCACCAACCCUGCUGAUAGAACUCCAGGUUCAAGUGUGAAUGGCCUGGAGGAGCCCAGCAUUGCCAAGAGACUGAGGGGCACUCCUGAGAGGAUUGAGCUAGAGAACUACCGCCUGUCUGUGAAGCAGGCAGAGGAGCUACAGGAAGUGCCUGAGGAGACACAAGCUGAGCACAACCUGAGCAGUGUGCUAGACAAGGGCCUGGAGGAGGACGUGGCCAGCAGCAGUUCUGAGUCUGAGAUGGAGGAGGAGGAGGAGCCUCCACUGCCCACCUCGGACCUGGGUGGCGUUCCUUGGAAGGAAGCUGUGAGGAUCCAUGCUCUUUUAAAAGGAAAGAGUGAAGAGGAACUGGAUGCCUUGAAGAGCUACGAGCUUAACAAUGACAAUGAGGAGGAGGACUACUACGAGGAGGAGGGAGAGGAGGACUAUGACGAGGAAGAGGAGGAGUCUAGUGAAGUAGCUGGGAGUCAGCGGCUACAGCAGAUCAUAAAUGCAACCGAUCCCUUGGAGAUUCAGGCUGAUGUGCACUGGACACAUGUUCAUGAGAAAGAGGAGGAGGAGCGAACGGUACCAACCUCUGAGCCCUCCACUUCUAGAGUGCCUGACCUUCCCUCCAUACGCCGUGCAGCAGUUCAGGCCUGGCUGGAGACAGUGUCCGGAGUCCCAUUUGAUGAGGAUGGCCUGGAGGAAGAUGUGGAUUCGGAGCCGGCAGAAAUAGAAGGGGAGGCAGCAGAGAAUGGGGACACGGGUGACACUGGUGCUGAGCUGGAUGAUGAUCAGCACUGGUCUGAUGACAGCCCAUCGGAUGCUGAAACAGAGUUUUGCAAGCAGCACCAAGAGGUGGUAGAAGCGGAUCUGGAGCUGAACGUCUCAGAAAACCAGGACGAACGACCCCCUGCCACUCUACAGCAUAACAAGAGAGCUCCCUCCCAAGUCUCCAGUCCCACCUGGUCCCCUUCGGAACAAGCUGUUCUGUUCUCUCCUGCCCACAGCCCCGUGGGAGAGGGGGCCCGGAUUCCACUCCCCUCUGAGGCUAUCAAAGUGAAAUUGCCCAAGGAGCACCUUUUCCGAGAGCUUUUGGUUUCCAAAGCAAAGUUCAAAGCAGAAGUUCCCACUGAUCAGAAAGCUGUGCACUCUCCCAUCCAGUCCCAGCCAGCAGCUCUGCUGGAAGCCAGGACACAUACCUCUCCAGUUAGUUCACAGGGCCUGUCCCCAUUGGCCACUUCCACCAUCACCCCCACUCCGCACCCCAUUUGCUCCCAGCCUAAACCUUCCUGUGAGGCCACCAUUCCAUCCCCUACCAAGUCCCCCAUAUGCUUCCAGCCUGUUCCAGCGAAAACAUCAACCCCCCUCACCCCCCUCCACGUGAAGAACCAAGGGGAUGCCAAGGACAGACUGGGCAGCCCUCUUGCUAUGGACGAGGCCCUGAAGCCAAACGACUUGGUGGCAGAGUUCUGGAUGAAGAGCGCUGAAAUUCGCCGCAGCCUGGGGCUCACACCCGUGGAUCGGAGCAAGGGGCCCAAGCACAGCUUCCCCUCACCUGCCUUUAAGCCAUUGUCCCUAAAAUCCUAUUCAGUUGAGAAGUCUCCUCAGGAUGAGGGGCUCCAUCUUCUAAAACCUCCAUCUAAGAGACUGGCAAAGUCGGAUAGUGACCAGCCCUCUCUGCCAACCCCCAAGUCCCCAUCUGACAGAGAGCUAAAAAGCUCCCAUGAGGAGCGGAGAGACCUGUCCAGCAGUUCUGGGCUGGGCCUUCAUGGGAGCUCCUCCAACAUGAAGACCUUGGGCAGCCAGAGCUUCAAUACCUCAGACUCCACCAUGCUUACUCCACCCUCAAGCCCGCCUCCACCCCCACCCCAGGACGAGGAGCCCGCAACUCUUCAAAGGGAGCCAUAUCAGAUAUAUGGGCAGAAGGAAACCAAGCCCAAGGCCUCCGUAAUCCCACCCCCCACACCUGCCACCUUUAUGCGGCCCCCCCGAGAGCCUGCCCAGCUGCCCUGGGAAGAGGUACGGAAGUCAUUUGUAGAGAGUGUAGCUGAGAUCCCCUUUGCUGAUGACGUGGAGGAUACAUAUGAUGACAAGACCGAGGACUCAGAUCUGCAGUUCUUCACACCCCCUUCCUGCUGGCCCCUCUCUGACAAGGCCCUUCCCCCACCCCUAGCCAAGGAGAAUGUCAGGUUACUUACUCUAGAGAGCGGGGUCCAACUGCAGAAGAGGGGGCUACCUGUAGUCUCUCCAGAAGCCAAGGAGCUGGCUGAAGAGCGCAUGCGAGCCAGAGAGAAGUCUAUAAAGAGCCAGGUGUUGAGAGAUGCCAUGGCCAAACAGCUGAGUCGGAUGAAGGAGAUGGAAAUUGGGGCUGAGACCUCCAGUCCCCCAGGAGGCACCUGCCACAAAGCCUCCUCAAUGCCCUCUAAAGGCAAAGCCCUUGGCCUUGAAUCCCCUAAACACCCAGUGCACAAAGGCCCUGAGGAGCCCACCUUGAAGCACAAAAACACUAGUGAGGAAUUCCUCUCCCCCACAUUGGACUCAGGGGCCCCAGAUGGUUCAGUCACUUCAUCCGAGGGCUCUAGUGGGAAGAGCAAGAAGAGAUCGUCACUCUUCUCCCCCCGUAGAAACAAGGAGAGAAAAUCUAAAGGUGAGGGCCGGCCCCUGGAGAAACACAGCCCAGAUCUCCUGGAGGAAGCAGCCGCCAAGCCCAGGUCCUUGUGGAAGUCAGUCUUCUCAGGGUAUAAGAAGGACAAGAAGAAGAAGGGUGACAACAAGUCCUGUUCCAGCACCCCUUCCAGUGGUGCCACUGUGGCCUCUAGCAAGCACAGGAUGUCUCCAAUAGUGAGAGCAGAGCUGCAGCUGCGGGACCAGCUGAGUUUCUCCGAGGACUCUGACCUCUCCAGCGACGACAUCCUCGAGAGGGUCUCCCAGAAGUCCAAGCGAGAGCCAAGAACUUACACAGAGGAAGAACUGAAUGCCAAGCUGACCCGGCGUGUGCAGAAGGCAGCUCGGAGACAGGCCAAGCAAGAGGAACUUAAGCGGCUGCACCGAGCCCAGAUCAUCCAGCGGCAGCUGGAGCAGGUGGAGGAGAGGCAGCGACAGCUGGAGGAGAGAGGUGUUGCUGUGGAGAAGGCGCUCCGCGGGGAAGCAGACUAUUGGGGAGAGUCUUAUUACAGUGACCUCAUCGACUUGCAUCUGGGUGGCAUGGGCAAGAAGGACGACCCCAAGCUGAUGCAGGAGUGGUUCAGGCUGGUGCAAGAGAAGAAUGCCAUGGUGCGCUAUGAGUCGGAGCUGAUGAUCUUCGCCCGGGAGCUGGAACUGGAAGACCGGCAGAGCCGACUGCAGCAGGAACUCCGGGAGCGAAUGGCAAUGGAAGAUCACCUUAAGACCGAGGAGGAGUUGUCAGAGGAGAAGAAGAUCCUGAACGAGAUGCUGGAGGUGGUGGAGCAGAGAGACGCCCUUGUGGCGUUGCUAGAGGAGCAGCGGCUCCGGGAGAAAGAGGAAGACAAGGACCUGGAGGCUGUCAUGCUGUCAAAGGGCUUCAGCCUAAACUGGUCCUGAGCUCCCACCCACGCUCUGCUAGCUGGUCUGUGAAAUCCGCCUGACCCAGCUGGGCUCUUCCACACCACCUAGAUCCAAGAUCUGAGGUCUGGCAGCUCCUGGGAGUUUGCACUCAAAUGUCCACGUGCCUCUUAAAAAGCAGAUCAAGUAUCUGUGCUGUGGGGAAUCCCAAGUGAAGAUGAGUAUCUGAGGCGGCUCUGCCUCCUUGAAGAGACUCACUCUGAAUUCCUGAUCCAGGGAGUGAAGGCCAUGGAGUGCAGAGGUUUAAUAUGGGGAAAAGAAAGUUUCCCAGGGAUGCGCAGUAACCGGCGCCCCUCCUUGUGCAGGCACGUGUAAUGAGAGAAGGAAGCUGCUCCCCCUCUGUCAAAACCACAGCCACCAGAGUGCACCCCACAGAGAGGAAGGGGCAACUGUCUUCUUCAUGCUCCCUGAAGCACCACCAAAGAAACAAAGGAGACUCCCAGGAAAACCACAUGUGAACUAAGAGUGGGAGAGGCCGUGGCCAGUCAGGGUGAUGCCUAUCCUGCAUCACCUGGAAGCUGAGGGGGCCCCAUUUCCUGAGUUCAUUAUGUAAGUAAGGAGGAUCCAGGAGGAGUCUGCUCCCCAGUCCCACACCACACACUGGACUCCACGUGGCCAAAUGCCCCAGGCCUCUCUCUAAUUGUGGCCUGAGGGUUGUGUAUUGCUGCAUUUUGCUUUUAAUUCACAACCAUUUUAACACUGGAAAAUACUGACUUUGGGAGACGGGUGAGGCUCUACAUUUCAAGCCCCCAGUCACUGUUCAGUACUUCAGUUGGGGCAGGAGUGAUCCUCCUUGGUGUUUUUCCUGCGUUUGCACAUUGAAAUGAAGCUGACAAUCUAGCAAGACACUCAGCCACUUCAAACUCUUUUUUUCAAUUAACUUAUUUUUUUAAUACUUGAAAAAAAUUUCAUUUUUAUAUCUUUACUAAAGACACUGAUCACCUGGCACCUGGUGUGGAAGUGACAGGUAACCAUGCCAGCCUGCCUGAACGCUUGCUACAUCCAUCUAUUUAUUAGCUCACCUUUAUACGAGUUACUGACCCCACUGACAUCAGAAAG